UGAGUCACCGCAAGAGCUGAAGAACGAUGAGAGCUCGUUCGAUGCGCGCGAGCCGGAAACUGCCAUACCAUCAUGAUUAAAUGUCCAAUUUGUGAUAAUGACGAUCGAAUCAGGCUCAUUGCACCCGGAUGAUGAUGAAGAAAGGCCGGAUGGAGCAUUCGGUGGAUAAAAGGAGCGCAUCGAUUUGAUUAUCCCUUGAUCUGAACACAUCUAUACACUCAUGUACAGACCUCUGAAAUACGUCCAUCAGCCGUCGUGGAAUGGGAAUGGGAUCGUACCCACACAGAAGAGCAGAUUUUAGACAGCAUUUGGUUUUAUUUUACACUGCGCUCUUUCUCAGGACAUUGAGACUGAAUGGACGUCCAGCUCUCACGCGAGUCCAGGCGGAAGAUGGGCAAGAUAUGAAGCAGAACCCGGUGCAAGGUUCGAACUUCGAACUCCUUCACAUGUGCUGUAUUAUUACAUUCAUGAAGGCUGGAGAGGUACGGGCCUCGUUCGGGGGCAUGGAAACGGUGCGAACGGUUCACGUGCAUGGCAGCGAUCGAGAGAAAUAAUUGCGACUUGACCGAAAGCUCUUUCUUCCUCAUGGUCGAAGCCAAGUCUCCGAUGUUCUCCGUAGUCGUAGGUCGAAUCUCUUCAGAACUCCUCGACAAGCUGAGACGCCGCGUGAGACUGGCGUGAGCGGAAUGACCGUUGGCCGGGGGCAAGCGGAAGGGAAUGGCGUCGUCCAAAGGGUCGUCGUCGGGGCCGAGCACGGGUGCGGAGACCGGGUCCAGGGCGUCGCUGAAGGGAGGAGCCGCAGCCCCCGCGGGCGUGCCGAGGGCGUCGUUGCUGAAAGGAGGAGCCCCGGCGGCUCCGGGGGCUGGGGCUGGGGCUGGGGCUACGGCGGCGGCUCCCGAAGCCCCGCCCGAGCCCCCCGCGGGCCCGACUCCUGAGGUUUCUUCGCCCUCUGCUCUGCUCGUUCAAUCGGUUCUCUCGUGCCCAAUCUUUGCUUCGCUAGGCUCUUUGUCUUGGCAUGCUCGAUGGACUGCUGCUGAAUUUGACGGCCCCCGAGGUUUCUUCUAGACUUGCCCCUGAUUCUGCUGCAACGCUGCCCAUUCUGCGUGCAUGCACUCCCCCCACCACCCGACCUCUCCACAGGCGUUCCUACCGUGGAAUCAGAUCGUGUACAAGAAGCCCAGGAUCGGUUGGCAGCCGAGGGAAUUCUGGUUUGACGUGCACGAAGAGGAACUGGAAGCAGCUAGAAUCGCUGAAGAGGAGGCGGCAAGGCUCGAGCUGAAAGCAGCUCCGAUUCGGGAAUAUCUGGAUUCGACAGUCGUUCCAUUGCUGCUGAAAGGCUUGCAGAUCCUGGCCGUUGAGAGGCCGGAAAAUCCAGUGGACUAUCUUGCGCAAUAUUUGAUACUGAAGAAUCCGCAGCCCCUGCCUCCUCCCGUGGAGGAGGUGCAGGUGGAAGACGUUACGGACGAGAUCCUGUGGCGCGACUUGGAGGCAGAGCUGCUGCCGCCUCCUCCGCCGCCGGCGAGAGCCGCCAGCUUCAGGCCUGCGACCGCAGGGGCGCCAGCUCCUGCCGCCGCGACGAGAGCGGCAAGCGUCAGGCCGUUCGCGGCAGAUCCAGCCCCGGCCGCGACGCGAGCUGCAAGCGUCAGGCCGGUCGCGGCAGAUCCGAUCCCGGUCGCGACGAGAGCGGCAAGCGUAAGGCCGGUCGCGGCAGAUCCAGCCCCCCCGCCGGGGGCUGCGACUCGAGCCCCGAGCAUGAAGCCCGCGGCUCCGAUGAGGGCUGCCAGCGUGAAGCCCGCGGGCGAGGCCCCGGCAGCAGCCCCUGCCGCGACCCGAGCCGCCAGCGUGAAGCCCGCUGCCGACGCUGUUCUGGGUGCCGCUGCGAGUCGCGCGGCCAGCAUCAAACCUGCGACCCCCGCCCCUCCUGCGGCAACCAGAGCUGCCAGCGUUAAACCUGCGGCUGCUUGACCACGCCUCCGUCCUAUUUGAUGACGUUUUGCUCGAAGGGCCAAUGAAAAGUAUUCCCAACUGGGAGGGCUAAAAUCUUGAAACACAAUUUAGAAACAGUUCACUUAGAAUUUGCUCUAAGAGAAAUACAUCAUAAAGAACUUACCCAUUAUACUGUGCAUCAUUUGAAUUGGUUGCAAGUAUUAAAUGAAAAUUUC